AUGGGUGAACUAACUUACUCAAAUGGGAUUAGCAAUGGCAUUAAUGGAGUCACUGGCAAAAGCCAUUCGCUCAAUGGUUACAGGAAGAGUUGUUGGUAUGAAGAAGAAAUUGAAGAGAACAUAAGAUGGUGCUUUGCUCUUAAUAGUAUAUUGCAUACAGGAGCUAGCCAGUACCAAGACAUUGCCUUGUUGGACACAAAGCCCUUCGGAAAGGCACUGGUAAUUGAUGGAAAGCUUCAGAGUGCAGAGACAGAUGAAUUUAUCUACCACGAAUGUCUUGUUCAUCCAGCUCUUCUUCAUCAUCCUGUUCCAAAAACUGUUUUUAUUAUGGGAGGAGGAGAAGGGUCUACUGCAAGGGAAUUGCUCAGACAUAAGACCAUAGACAAAGUUGUAAUGUGUGACAUUGAUGAGGAGGUGGUGGAAUUUUGCAAAUCAUACCUAGUUGUAAACAGGGAAGCAUUCCAUGAUUCGAGACUUGAGGUCAUCAUCAACGAUGCCAGGGCUGAACUAGAAUCCAGAGAAGAGACCUAUGAUGUGAUAAUUGGCGAUUUGGCUGACCCAAUAGAAGGGGGUCCUUGUUAUAAACUUUACACUAAGUCCUUCUAUGAGUUCACCCUCAAGCCAAGACUGAAGAAGGGUGGCAUAUUUGUGACACAGGCAGGACCAGCUGGAAUAUUCAGCCACACAGAAGUUUUCUCAUGUAUUUACAACACCUUGAGACAAGUUUUCAAGUAUGUUUUGCCUUAUUCAGCGCAUAUCCCAUCUUAUGCUGAUAUUUGGGGAUGGGUCAUGGCUUCAGAUUCUCCGUUGGAACUGAGUGCUGAAGAACUAGAUAUGAGAAUAAGAGAGAGGAUUAAGGGAGAAAAUAGGUAUCUUGACGGCAAAACAUUCUCAUCAGCCUCAACAUUGAGCAAAGCUGUUCGUACUUCGCUGGACAAUGAAACUCAUGUAUACACAGAGGGAGCGGCCAGGUUCAUAUAUGGUCAUGGCAAGCACGCAUAA